UCGAUAGUCAUAUCAGUCAAAGUUGAAUUGAUAUAUAGCAUUAACGACAUUGUUAACGCUUCACUCCAAUUUCAUGUGUUUUACAAUAACAUUGAUGGCAAUUCUCGGUAUGUAUAAAGUAAAACAUGCAUUGUAAUGAAUUCGUUUCAAUUUCAAAGAUCGAAAGAUAUUAAUUUAUAUGAUAAGCGGCACAAAAGCAUAAUGUCAAAAGUGUGAUAACAAUGAAUGCGCUUAUUAAACCAAUUCACAUUCGUUACGUGGCGACUCAAUUUUCAGUCUCGGUCAAGCACUAACUAGCAACAUGUUAUCAGUUUGAAUGAAUCCUUUUCAGUGUGAUGUUCAUUUAAAUAAAAGUUUGUUAAAAGACAGUGCUGUGAAUAUUAAUCCACUGUCUUAUUGCACACAUUUCAACUUAUUCAGUUUAGUUUCAUAUCAGACAAUCUGUGUGUAGUCUUUUUUUUGUGAUUUUUGGUCGUUCUUUUCAAAAAAAAUUUCAAUUCAAUUUGAUUGAAUCAUUGCAAUGCGUGCACCAAUUUUAUUAGCUUUCAUGUGCUUCGUCUAUGAAUCUGCUACGCUUACAAUUAAUACAAGCAGCAAUCCAAUAGCAUCACCAAACAAUUUCACCAAGCUUCAUAUUGCAAUUUAUUAUGAAUCAAUGUGCCCAGACAGUGUUGACUUUCUUACAAAUCAAUUUGCACCAGCAUAUGACUCAUUGAAGAAUCAUAUCGAUGUACUUUUUGUUCCAUUUGGAAAAUCAGAGAGUGAAAAUAAUGGUCAAAUUUUCUUUUGUCAACACGGACCAGCAGAGUGUACUGGAAAUAAAAUGCAGUCAUGUGUAUUGGAUUCGUUAAAUGAAGACCAAGAUUCUAAAUCCAAAUUUGUCACAUGUCAAAUGAAAACGAACGCUGAAUAUACCGGCCAAAAUUGUGCACGUACAGUGAAUGUAUCAUAUGCGGAUGUGGAAAAAUGUUCGAAUGGGCCAAAAGGCGUAGAAUUGCAGCUAAAUGCCGAAAAGGAAACGCAUUUAAUUUCCAAACCAUAUCCAUCAUUUAUACCCACAAUUGUCUUCUCAAAGCAAUAUGACCGGAGUAAACAACGUCGAUCGUUGAAAGAGUUUAAGAAAUUGGUGUGCGAAGAGCUGAAAGAGAAAAUGAAGAUUUUUCAUUCACAAUUGCUUGCCAAAAUUUCGGAAAUGCAUAACUAAGGAAUAUCUCACAUUUUUGUACGGCAAUUCAAAGUGACACAGUCGUGUUGCUUUUGAAUUUACACCAAAUUAAAAGAUAAAGAUACUUCAUAUUGCGAUCACCAUACGCUUGAGCAUUUUACAAGUUUGUAGUAAAAAUUAAAAUAUUUCCUUAGAAUGAUGUCACAAUAAGUGUGUGUUCACUGUUCAUGCUUUGCAUAUAAAUUGAGAAUAUGUAUAGAAACAAUGUAUCCAAAUGUAAAUGAGCCGAAUAAUAUGUGGUUCAGAUCACCAUCACGUACGAAAUAAUCGCCGAAAUUCAAUAGAGCUUCUGGUUGAUACGAUAUCUAGAAGUCUUUUGUUUUAAAACUAAAGUAAAAUUCGAUUUUUAGAAAUAAGUUCCAAUUUGAAUCGAAUAAAAACGAGCCCAUUUACAAUUUGA